CAGUCGAAACACAAACCUCAAGAUGGAGUAAAGGACAAAGAAGAAGGACACCGAGGUCGUGCCCUCGUGCGCUGGCGCGAGGGGCUCAUGUGGCACAGGAAAAGCUUGCUCGCACUUUCGAACACGCCGGUGGCCGUGGCGCGCGCAUAUCCGAGCAUCUCUCCGAAGAACGGACCUGGCUUAGUGUCAGCCAUGGGAAUCGAUGUACCCAGCGGCAUCCGAACUUAUCGUCUCCUCCACGGAGGCGCAUCCGCCUUCUCGGAAGUGUCGGCCCCCCAGAAGAUGCCUUCGUCCAUAUUGCACGUCCUACUUCCGGAGAAAGCCAAGGCCGACGCGUCCUACACGUCCAGCUACUUGGCCAUGGAGGACGUCCUCCCGAGGAACUGCGACCUUGUGGUCAAGACUGUGAACCCGGCUGAGGAAGAGGCUUGCAGCAGCAGCGCCGCUCAUCGGAGGAGGCUGGUUCCGAGGGCCGGGCGCGACCGGUUCGUUGAGAUGGACGUCAAGGACAACCUGUCUGAGUACAACUCCAUGCAAGCACCCUGCACCGCGCAAGGAGCUGGGCACCAGGUGGAGGACGUAUCGAAGGGCACCGGGCACCGGGGGAUAUACAGUUCAGAGACGCCUAUUACGCGUGGAGUGGAAGCUGCCGUGAGUGGGAAUCACCAGGACAAGGAUUGGAGCGCAGUCGCUUGGCCCGAUUACAGGUUCGAGGUCUUGGGCUGCAGACCACACAUGAACCUGCGCGACACGCUGCCGCUUCGGCUGGCGACGUUGAACUCCUGCAAGGCAGAGUGCAGCAGCGACACGGACGGGAUGGCAGCGCCAAGCAGCAGCUGCCUUUGGAGGCUACCUACGAGGUGA